GAGAGAGAGAGAGAGAGAGAGAAGCGGCGUCAUAUAUACAAAAAAUGUAUAUUUUGCUACUAAUAUCCUUUGAAGUAGGGAUACAUGGAUAAAGCCACAACACAUAUCUUCCAGUAGCUAUAUAUAACAGUAACAGUAAUGGUAUUAAUAAUGUCCUUCAAGCAAUCAUGAGAUCAACAUCUAUUUGACAAUUCCAGAGAGAUAUGGCAACUUCAUUAGCGUACGAAACAUCUUCGGAAGUAAGACCAGCUGCAAAUUACAAUAGUUUUUUCCAUCCGAAUCUUUGCCAUGUUUGCAAAGUACCGACUUAUAAUUUGCUAGAAUGUAGUGCGUGCCACAUGAUCUAUUAUUGCAGCAACUACCAUAUGACGCUGCAUGAAACAGAGCACGCAGAAAUCUGUAUCGCAAUAGUAAUACUACGUUUGGUGCGAGGAGAAAGGACAAUAGAUUUUCAUGCUAAAACGCCGAUGGAAUGGGUCAAAUUCAAGAACCAAAACAUAAAAGAUAUCAGGACAGUGCUAGAGCGCGAUUUGAAGCCGUACGAAAAGCAAAUGUUUUUGUUCCCUAAAUCGUGUUUCAUUUGUUACACACAGGAGAACCUGCUUCCUCCUUGCAAAACAUGCCUAUACGUCAACACGUGCAACAAGCACGGUUCACGUCGCAUAAAUCAUAAUUGCAUAUUUUUGAGGCAGAGUUACGAACUGGAUUUCGAACAUAUGUGGCCUGAUGAGGAGAGAAAGAAGAGAAUUUUUGAAAAGAGCGUAAAAUGUAACAUAAGAGCUUGUCCAGACAUUAAAACUUUUAUUAGAGAAAAUAUAGAAAAUGGGUCGAUAUGUACAUCUCGAUAUUUGUGCGAAGCUUUCAUUUACCUGUCUGAGGAUUUAUCUGGACCGCUGUCACUGAUAUAUGCCAUGAACAGAGCAGGUAUAUACAGAAUUUCAUCGAACAAAUCCUAUGUUAUUCAUAUCCUAAUCGAAACACCUAUGGACAAGCGCAAUGUAUAUGCUUGGGAACUCUUGCUUCAUCAAUUUUGUAGAAUUCAAUCGUUAUCAAUUGAAGCGAUAGGAAGAGGAUUGCUAACUAAAAAAUAUACACUACAUUAUAAUAGAAACUGUAAAUCCGACCAACGAAAAAUUCAUUAUAGAAGUCAUAACAUGACUUAUUGCGAGUAUGCGAACGCAAGAAAAUUAUAUAAGUUACCAAACGUGAUUGUAGUAUUUAACGUGGACUUGACUUGUAACAAUGACAUAAGAGCACUUCAAUAUCACUGUUGUCCGUUACUUAUGUUGGCUCAGACGAGAAAGAGGGCUGAUAAUAAUAUAAUACAAAUAUAUCAGGUAUUGAGUAAUAUGGAAACCUCUCCGGUGUUCCCGGAUCUUUAUAUUUAUGAAUUGAAUAAGUUUCCGUCGCUUAGGCCAUGCAGAGAUUAUAUGACUGGAUCUGCAAUGUUCCCCAGCAGGUAUUUAAUAUACUAUAAGGACUUAGAGGGAAAAGAGAGUAACAGUAGUAACAGUAGUAACAGUUCUUACGGAUAAUUGUAUGUAUCGUUACUUUAGUAAGACAAUUGUAUAUGAUAUAUUCAGCAUUUUUUCACGUGUUCCGAAUAUUUUAACGAAGCAUGAUUUUGAAAAACAUCAAUACUAAUAGUUUUUUUCUUGAAUGUUAUCGUUUCUGUGUAAGCAAACCAGAAACGAACAUUGGUAUUAGUAAAUAAUUGUAUCGUUACUCUAUUUGCAUCUUUAGAAUCAUAUAUGUAAGAUAGGUUAUUGCACAUUUUUAUUGGUUAUUUUACGCGGACAAGUAGUUUUUGCCGAAAGGACAUUAUAUAUUUCUUAUAUAUUACAAGUUACGUAGUCCUUUUAUUACAUUUUAAGGCAUCUACUAUAAAAGUCCCAUUAUAAAGUGACAUCUUAUAUAUCUACUAAAUAUCUAUAUAUUUAUUAAAUUUGAUAUCGUACUAAAAAAUAUUAGAUGAAAUUUGGAAGAGUUUCAAAGGAAUCAUACGUAAAAAUACUAUUGGCUUGACCUUAGGGUGGGCGCACUAUUUCAAAAUCAAUAUAAAUUUUUUAAUUAAAUUUAUUUGGUCUUUUAACACAAAUUAUCCCCAGAGUAAUUCUGCGUAUAAAAGUACUGAAAUAAAAUAAUCAUAAAGUGAAUACUUUCCGAGAUAUUUUACAUGUUUUAUAUAUUUUUAUCUUGAUACUUUUCAGAAUAAUGUAUAAAAUAUCUCGUAAAAUAUUUACUUUUCAACAAUCUCAAUUUAAUGCUAUUGUAUGAUGAAUAAAAUUAGUUAUUGUAAAAAAUAAAUAAAUCUUAAAACAAAUUGUA